UACCACUAAUUGCCCACAGAACCUUGCGAGAAAACGUUCUGCGCAUGGGGCGCGCACUGCAUCAACGGCCCCGACGGCAGAGCCCUCUGCCAGUGCCCGACGUUCUGCAAGCCGAAAGCCGACCCUGUGUGCGGCACCGACGGCAAAACCUACGCCAAUCACUGUCAGCUGCGCGUCGCCUCGUGCAAAGCCCGCCUAAAUACGAGAGUCAAACAUGCGGGAGAGUGUGAACUGAGUGACCCAUGCCGCGAGAAGCAAUGCGAUUUCGGAUCUAGAUGUGUGGUGACUUCGGACGGCCGUAAUGCUACCUGCAUGUGUCCAGACUCCUGUCCCACUUAUGGGGAUCACUCUACUUCCCGUCCCGUCUGCGGUUCCGAUGGUAUGGACUACCCAAACCAAUGCGAGCUACAGAAGGCUGGAUGUUCUUCCAAGAUGAAUAUCACGAUCAAAUUCUCCGGGAAAUGCGAUCCGUGCGCCGGAGCCCAAUGUGCCGAGCCAGAAGUGUGUCAGUUGGAUGGACACCGAAACCCUAUUUGUCGAUGUGGAGAUACCUGCCCCCUGGAAUUCAACCCGGUCUGCGGUUCAGAUGGAAAAACCUAUUCCAACGAGUGCACUCUACGACAAGAGGCUUGCCGGAGUAGAAAAACCCUCAAUAUUAUUUACCGAGGGAAAUGUAGCUCAGGAAUCAACCCCUGCACGAGCGUCCGCUGCACCCCGGACGAAGAAUGCGCCAUAAACAAAUUCGGGAUAGCCCAUUGCGAGUGCCCUCCGACCUGCGAGCCCGUUAUGCGGCCCGUGUGCUCCAAGGAGGGCAGGACCUACCCUUCGGAGUGCGAGAUGAAGAGGGCGGCUUGCUCAGCUCGCACCAGGAUUGAGAUCGCCUACGCAGGUGUCUGCGGCGAGCGAGGCCCUUGCAGCGAUCACGAAUGCCAGUUCGGAGCGGUCUGCGUGGCCAGAACCGGCACGGCCCAUUGCGAGUGCCCUGUGUGCCCCGCCGAGUUCGAGCCCGUCUGCGGCUCGGACGGGAUCUCCUACAGCAAUGCGUGCAAGCUGCAACAGGAGGCGUGCAAGCACAGAAGAGGCAUCACGGUGCUCUAUAACGGACCUUGCAAUGGCUGCGAGAACAAAAAAUGCGAUUUUUAUUCAACUUGCGAAAAUGAUGGAGCCACGGAAGGAAAAUGUGUCUGUCCUGAAUCAUGUACAGAUGUAAAACUGAACAACGGGACGGUAUGUGGCACAGAUGGAGUCACUUACACGAACGAAUGCGAACUUCAGAUCACCUCCUGCAAAACCAAACAAUUCGUUAUCCUGGCAUACAAAGGAAAUUGCGACCUAUGCCAAGGUGUCGACUGUAAACACGGCGCAAAAUGCGAGGCUGGAGACUGUGUAUGCCCCACAAACUGCGAAUCUGCUGGGAAUGAGCCUGUAUGCGCAUCAAACAUGCUAACAUACCAGAAUGAAUGCGAACUACAGAAAGCAAAGUGCUCGCCACAGUCUUCCUCUUUGAACGUCGUCUUCUAUGGGGACUGCCGGGAGAGGUUUCCCGUCGGUGGUGUUCUCAACACGACUCUUCCAACAAUAACUCUUCAAACUAACUCUGCGACAAAUCAAGACAUCAUUGGUGAGCCUGACAAUUCAAUUACUGACCCAGCCAAUUCAGAAAAAGAGGCUUGCAAAGAUAUUCACUGCGACUUCGAUGCCACUUGCGAGUUAGGUCCCGACAACUUCCCCAGAUGCACGUGCCAAUUCGACUGCGCAAGCGCUGAACUGAAGUCCGUCUGCGCAUCUGACUUGAGACUGUAUUCCUCGCUUUGUGCCAUGAAGAUGGAGGCCUGCCAGAGACAGGAGGAGCUGCGGUUGAGGCCAUUAGAUCUCUGUCAAGGUAUGGAGGUGAAACCAUGCAAAGGCGAAAAACCACUAACUGAUCCACUAACAGCAAGGGAGCUAGACUGUGGUAACGGUCCUUUCAGACAAGACUGUCCUUCUGGAAGUUAUUGUCAUCAGACUGCUAGAUUCUCUCGAUGUUGUCUGAAAGACCAAAACUUUAUCGAGAAGAAAGGUUGCGAAGACAGCUGGUAUGGUUGUUGUCCAGACGGUCGAAAUUCAGCACAGGGUCCCAAUCACGCCGGAUGUCCCUCGCUCUGCGGUUGCAAUAAGCUCGGAUCAUAUUCUGAAUUGUGCGAUCCUGAAACGCAACAAUGCAGAUGUAGGCCAGGUGUGGGAGGUCCUAAAUGUGAUCGAUGCGAACCUGGAUACUGGGGUUUGCCGAAAAUUUCGUCGGGAUAUAGAGGCUGCAUACCAUGUGGCUGCUCUGCCUUCGGAUCAGUGAGAGACGAUUGUGAACAAAUGACAGGACGUUGUGUAUGUAGACCAGGCGUUCAGGGCCAAAAAUGUACGGUCUGUAGCGAUCACGACAAAAUUCUAGGUCCGAACGGAUGUGUUGCAGCAGUUGAUUUGGCGAGGUCCUCACCAUCUUCUUGCCAGGAUAUGACCUGCUAUUUCGGAGCCAAAUGCGUUGAACGGGAUGGUUCUGCAGUCUGCGAAUGCCACAAGAAAUGCAUCGAUGAAAACGAUGCUCAAGUCGUAUGCGGUAGCGACGGUCAGUCUUACAAUUCCCCAUGUGAGCUCAGAUUGUUAGCCUGCAGAUUGCAGAAAGACAUAGUCGUGCAAGGGUUUGGAGACUGCAAAGAUGACCCCAUCCCGAGUACCGACUGGCCCUCGCGCCGUUACACGCCCCUGGAAUUCACGCAACCCGAUGAAUCGAACUCACCCCUGUCCAAAUCGACGAGGCAUCUCAUGGUACCCGAUCCACGAUACUACUACGAAAGGAGCGGCGAUAGAAGAGUCUCCUAUCCAGCUGACUACGCCACCAAGGACUCCGAGUUUCAUGAUCCAGGGCCUGGAUCGAAUAUCGUUUAUCGCAACCGUGGUGGUGAAUUCGCCCCAGCAUUCCGUCCAACCCCUGCCACGGUACGCGUAGUCACUGCCUUAUUAGGCGAUUUAUGCUCAGAAAAUUCUGACUGCAUGAUUCUGUACAGUCACUGCGACAAAGGCGCCUGUACCUGCCUACCUGAUCAUUAUGAGUCACCUGAUCGUCAGAAAUGCAUAGCAUCAUCAGACUCAACAGACGAAUAUCGCGCUUGUAGCAGCUCCCCAUGUCAACAUGCUAGUACCUGCGUAGACCUUCCAUCCGCAACAUUCACCUGUAUCUGCAACUCAAACUAUACAGGUCCCUUGUGCAACACAGAGAUUCUUGCAGUUCAAUAUGACAUUCCAGCGUUUCACGGAAGAUCUUAUGUGAGGCUGAAGCCACUCAAAGCCUACCACAAACUGAGCGUCGAGUUAGAAUUCAAAACCAAAACUGAAGACGGUAUUCUUCUGUACAACCAACAGAAAGCAGAUGGACUCGGUGAUUUCGUUUCCUUAGCGAUAGUUAAAGGUUUCGUGGAGUUCAAGUACAACUUGGGCAAUGGACCAGUUGUGAUUCGGUCAUCAGAUAAGGUUCAACUUGGCAAGUGGCACCAGGUGGUCUUAAAAAGGUAUCACAAGGAUGGGAUUUUGAAACUGGAUGAAGGUGAAGAGAUUGCUGGACAAGCUAUGGGAAAUCUCAAAGCUCUGGAUCUGCUUGAGGAUACUUUCGUUGGAUAUGUGCCCAAUAACGAUACUCGCGCAUACGAGAACAUCGGCACCGACCAGGGCUUCCAGGGUUGCAUCAGAUCGUUCAGGAUCGGCAGACAGGAAAUCGAGCUGGACACCAACCAACACGACUGGGUACUGAAGACCGAGGGCCUGUUCGACUGCAGCCGGCACGCCUGUACGCGUACUCCCUGCCAAAACAACGGGAAAUGUGUGGAGAACGGCGAGCUGUUCCAGUGCGAGUGUUCGGCUCAUUUCGGUGGCAGCUUCUGCGAAAGGCUAUCGGAUCCGUGCAGUCUGGAGCCAUGUCAUCGUCGCGCCAAGUGCAGGCCGUACGACGGAUCGUUCGUGUGCGAAUGUCCAGCAGGACGGUUCGGUCAGCGAUGUGAAAUAGAAUAUAAGGACGCGCAAAUUCUCACCCCCGAAUUCAACGGAAGCAGUUUCAUCCAGUUCCCACGAUUGGAGGGAGUCAAGAGGACGUUCUCUAUCGAGGUCACUUUCAUGCCGACGUCCUCCAACGGCCUCAUAUUGUACAACGGACAAAUGAAAAACGGCAGGGGCGAUUUCAUUUCGCUGAACUUGGCCAGGGGAUUCCUUCAGUUCAGAUACAACUUGGGCAGCGGAAUCGCCAACAUCACGAGCCCUAAACAAGUGUCUCUGAACGAAUGGCACUGGGUUAAGAUUUCCCGUGAUGGUCGCGAAGGAAGAAUGCUGCUGGAUAACUCUUCCGAUGUCCAUGGUUUGUCUGGUGUCCCCUUGACAGAAUUGAAUUUGGAAACUCAUUUUUACAUCGGAGCAGUCCCGAACUGGAAACAAAUCCAUCGGUUGUCUGGAGCUUCUAAAGGCUUUAGAGGAGCCAUCCAGAAGGUUCUUCUUAAUGGUAAGCCUCUUUCCCUAUCCGGUCUACUAGAGAAUUGUGGCAUUUCAGCAGCAUACAACAAUUCCGGAUGUAGUGCAAAUAUUGGAUACUAUGACGGCCAACCGUGUGCUCUAACGAAAAAUCCCUGUUUGAAUGAUGGCCUCUGUGUCCCGGAUUUGCGGGAUUUCACUUGCAGAUGUCCGUCAAACUUCAAAGGGAAAUAUUGCGAAAUAGUGAAAGAAGACAGCUUGGCGUUGAAAUUGAAUGGGGAAACUUUCCUUCAAUACAGAAACAAAGGAUACAGAAGAAGGAAACCAGAAAGAGGAAAUAGAUAUGAAAUCAGGAUUCGCACGUUUAUGUCAGAAGGUCUAUUGCUUUGGAGGAGUAAGAAUAGGAACCAUGCCCAAGAUUAUCUAGCAAUCGCCAUAGCUGAUGGUUACCCGGAACUGAGCUUCAAUUUGGGAACGACGAAUGCAUUCUGGGCAGUAAGAGCCAAAACAAGAGUGGACGAUGGCAUGUGGCAUACUAUACAUGUAAGGAGAAGGAAGAGAGUUGGUUUCAUCUCAAUAGAUGGCAAACCUGCCACCAGAGGAAUUGCCAAGAGUGGAUCUAUUGCUCUGAGAACGAAUGCCAAACUCUGGAUAGGUGGUUCUGCUCAUCUUCCUCCAGGCUUACCAACAUCCUACUACAAGGGAUUCGAAGGAUGUAUCCAGAGAAUCGCCGUGCAUGCCAAAUCGUUGGAUCUGUUAGGACAUAACGAUAUUAGUAAAAUACAUUUUUGUCACGAUAACGAAAUAUAG